AUGGGGGCCCCACUGGGGGGCCCCCCAGUUGCUGCUGCAGCAGGGGAGCGGCCCCCUGGGGGCCCCCUAGGACCCCCUGGGGGCCCCCUAGGACCCCCUGGGGGCCCCCUAAGACCCUCGGGGGGCCCCCAGGGGCCCCCACGGGGCCCCCAGGGGCCCCAAGGGGGCCCCCAGGGGCCCCAAGGGGGCCCCCAGGGGCCCCAAGGGGGCCCCCAGGGGCCCCCAGCGGGCCCCCAGGGGCCCCAAGGGGGCCCCCCGUUGAUGUCGAAUGUAUCUCCUUUGCUGCAGUCUGUGGAGAAGGAGCUGCAGAAGCUGAACCAGCUGCUGAUGCCUGAGGGCUGCAGCAGCGCAGCAGCAGCAGCAGCAGCAGCAGCAGAGUCGUUUGCUGCUCCCCUUUCGCAGGAGCAGCUGCAGGAGCAGCAGCAGCUGUUGAAGCAGCUACAGGAGCAGGACGAGCUGCUGCAGCAGCAGCAGCAGCAGCAGGAAGCUGCUGCUGCUGCUGCUGCUGCUGAAGCAGCAAUGCCUUCUUCUCCCUUCAGUGAACGCCUCAAUUUGCUGCUGCAGCGAGCAGCAGAAGGGCCCGGAGAGGGGGGCCCCCACCUGUACGAUAGCAUUCGAGAAGGAGAGUUCGGGGCUGCAGGUACAGAAGCUCUAGAGAAAAUUGAACGGGAGUCCGAAGCAGCAGCAGCAAAAGAAGCAGCAGCAUUUGCUGCUUCGGGGCUGGAGGGCCGCAGCCCCCUAGAGGUGGCCAAGACAGCCCCACAAAGGGCGCAGCAAGUUGCUGCUGCUAUCCGGGGAGUAUCUCACGAGCUGCUGAACAGCCAGCAGCAGCAGCAGCAGCAGCAGCAGCUGCAGCAGGAGCUCGAGAAGCUGCAGCAGCUCCAGAAAGAAGCAGCCUCGGAGGACCCCGAGCAGCAACUGCAGCAGCUGCAGCAACUGCAGCAGCUGCAGCAGCUGCAGGGCCUGCAGCCGCACCUGCAGCAGCAGCAGCUGGAAGAACUCGAACGAGACCAGCAGCAGCAGCAGCAGCAGCAGCAGCAGCAGCAGCUGUCCUUAAAAGCUUUGCUGCCUCCCAUUAAAGGAGACGCAGAGGCCUUGCGACAAGUUGCUGCUGCAGCGCAGCAGCUGCGGAAGGUAAGAAAAAUAGCAGCAGCAGCAGCAGCACAGCAGCAGCAGCAGCAGCAGCAUAGCAACAGCAGCAGCAGCACAGCAGCAGCAACAGCAUAG